AUCUUCGGGAGCGAUAGAAUCAAUUAAUAUUUGGUGCCGGUAGCCGAAUAUCCUUUAGUCAACUGUUGGCACGCUCUGGGGACAGAUCGCGAGAGGAACUCGUCGGGAAGUCUGAACAGUAGUAUUUUGUGUGUCAAACUGUGCCAAAACAGAAAAAAGUGAUUCCGGGUGUGAACGAGAAAAAAGUGACCAAUCAUAACAUAGCUGCUGAGAUUUUUUCUUCUUAUGAAAACGGACACACGGUGGUGCUUCCGUGGAAGGGACUGAUCGUGUAGUGAAAUAGUUUCCCCUUUUUCUUGUUCGGCUCGAUUUGCUGCACUACCCAUCAAGAGCGAGAUGUCACGAACAUCGAGCGAUACCCAGCUGGACAAGGUGAACCUGAAAACCCAAAUCUACAAUAUUCAUGGCUUAGCGAAUUCUCAAGCAUCACUCGGACUACCUGUCAAGCACAAGGACUUACCGGGAUACCGGGGCAGCAAUGAUUUCAUUUUAUCCGACGACAAAAAGUCCACCAUGGACCAGAUCCGAGGGGUUGGACCCUGGGCCCGUCGAAAGUUCCGCAGUAUGUUCCGGAAGAAAAUACUCUACAAGCGAGUUCCCGUGCUGAACUGGUUACCCCAUUAUAACCUGGACGAUGCGGUUGGAGAUCUGGUUGCCGGGUUUACCGUUGGACUAACGGUCAUCCCGCAAGCGCUGGCUUACAGCAGUAUUGCCGGACUACCGGCCGCUUACGGCCUGUACGGUUCCUUCAUCGGUUGCUUCGUUUACAUCAUUCUCGGCUCCUGCAAGGAUGUUCCGAUGGGACCAACGGCAAUCGCUUCGCUCCUAACCUUUCAAGUGUGCGACGGUAUCUGGGAACGGGCCGUUCUGCUCUGCUUCCUGACGGGUUUGAUUGAACUGUUGAUGGGUAUCUUCGGGCUAGGAUUUCUCAUAGACUUCGUAUCCGGACCGGUCAGUUCCGGUUUCACAUCGGCCGCCGCGUUGAUUAUUCUUAGCUCGCAGGUUAAAGAUUUGCUUGGGAUCGUUGCCAAAGGAAACACGUUCAUUCAGCAGUGGACGGCUAUUCUGGACGAUAUUCACCACACGCGGCUCGGUGAUGCUGUAAUGGGUUUCACCUGUAUAAUUGUACUGCUGCUGAUGAGAUUGCUACCUAGGGUUCGGUUAGGUCCAAAGGAAGUGGAAGAUCAAUCUUUACUUCAGAAGAUAGUAAACAAAACACUGUGGCUGGUUGGAACCGCCCGAAAUGCCAUAAUCGUGAUCGUUUGCGGCUCGAUUGGGUACGCUCUGUACAACAGUGGACAGACACCGUUCAAAAUGAUCGGUGAUGUUCCGAAAGGAUUGCCCACGAUUCAGCUGCCGCCUUUUUCCGUUCCGGAAAUUGUCGACGAAAAGGGUGAAGUGAUUCAAGCGUCCGAAAGCUUCGGAGAUAUGCUUAGCAAUCUUGGGUCCAUGUUGAUAGUCAUCCCACUGAUAGCUCUGCUGGAAGACAUUGCCAUUUGCAAAGCGUUUGCGAACGGCAAAUCGGUGGACGCUACACAGGAACUGAUCGCCAUCGGAACAUCCAACAUCGCCAACUCGUUUUUCCAAGCUUAUCCCGGAACCGGUGCUUUGUCUCGAGGGGCGGUGAACAACGCCAGCGGCGUUCGAACCCCCUUCGGUGGUCUCUACACCGGAAUCAUCGUAAUUCUCGCUCUACUCUUCUUCACGCCUUACUUCUUCUACAUCCCGAAAGCGGCGCUGGCUGCCAUCAUCAUCGCGGCCGUAAUUUUCAUGGUAGAAGUUCGCGUCGUGAAACCCAUGUGGCGAAGCAAAAAAGCCGAUUUAAUCCCUGGGAUAGCGGCUUUCAUUGCAUGUCUAGCUCUACCGAUCGAGAUAGGCAUUCUGGUUGGCAUUGGACUGAACGUGGUUUUCAUCCUUUACCACGCGGCCCGUCCAAAGAUCCAUCUCGAUCAACUGAUCACCCCCUGUGGAAUCAAAUACCUAAUGCUGACGCCGGACCGUAGUCUGAUCUUUCCUUCGUCCGACUUCGUGCGGAACCUAAUCAACAAGCAUGGCAUGAAGAAUCAAACUCCGGUGGUGAUAGACUGUACGCACAUCUACGGUGCGGACUUCACCGCCGCUCAGGUCAUCGAUACGUUGAUCAAGGACUUUAAGAGUCGAAAUCAGAUGCUGCUGUUUCUUAAUUUGAAACCGUCGGUGUGCGGUGUGUUUGAAGGGGCAGAUCUCGAGUAUCGAGUGUUCUACGAUAUCGAGCAGCUGGAGAAAGCGAUUCAGGAGAUUCGACGAAAAAGUUUUCAAGCUUAGAUGGCGUCAACGAUGUCUGUAGAUAGUUAUUAAGCCCCUUAUUUACGGAUCGAUUUAAGGGCGGCCAAAGACAAACACUUAGGAUCAGUUGAAUAGGCACUACUUAACAAACCUACUUGCCCAAUAGUAAUCUAGAUUUUAAGGAAGUUGUACAGAAUAUAUCGAGGUAAGACAAUGUUCCACUGUAUUCAUGAAGCACAAACAAAAACCAUUCGGUUAGUUAGAUAAAUUGUAGAUUUUUUUUUUCGCUGGAAAGAGGCUAUAAAUAUUGACGGUGAUCCCAUUCGUUACGAUUCAAUUAGGCUGGACCGAGUUGCAGGGGAUUAGAAAAUAAUUUAUUGAUUGUUAAUAGAACCGGUUACUUAAAGAUUAUUAUGUGACUAGUUGGUCCCAUAUGUGCACGGUGAUAACUUAUUAUUUGUUCUAGUGAUACACAAGACCCCCUUAAAAGACGAUUUGCUUAAUGAUUUAUUGUACUUUUCAGUUGUAUUAGCUAGGAAUCGUAAGUUCACCAAACACAGGAAUAGAAACAUUGUUCCUUUAUUUUAAAAUUGAUAAA